GAUCCAUUUCGCGAACACGCACAACUAUCCCCAAUUCCAAUGGACGAGCUCGCGGGCGGCCGCCGCCGCCAUGCCGAUUCGCCGCCUCUCCCGGACGACAUGCUCGCGGAGAUCCUCCUCCUCCUCCCGCCGGAGCCCAUCCACCUCUUCCGCACCUCCUUCGUCUCCAAGCGCUGGCGCGGCCUCGUCCACGACGCUCGAUUCCUCCGCCGCUUCCGCGAGUUCCACGGCGGGACGCCUCCGAUGCUCGGCUUCUUCAACAACCACCCGCGGUCUCCCCUCUUCGUCCCCACCUCCGGCGGCUUCGCGGCCUCCACCGCGGCCAAGAUGUCCCACGACGACUGGUGGGCCCUCCACUGCCGACACGGUCACGCUCUCCUCCAGAACCGCCGCACCGGGGCGAUCCUCGUCUGGGACCUCGUGACCGGCGACCAGCGCCACCUGCCGCUCCCCACGCGGGCCCAAGAGUGGUCGUGCAACGGCGCGGUCCUCUGCGCGGCCGGCCACGCCGACCACGGCGACUGCCGUUCGUGCCCGUUCCUCGUGGCAUAUGUGUUCAGUCGGGAGCGUAAUUCCGUCACCUCUGCCUGCACCUACUCGUCCGAGACCGGCGUCUGGAGUGAGCUCACCUCCAUCGUCCUACCAUUUGCAUCUGUUGAUGUGAAACCGAUGGCUCUGGUUGGGAACACGCUCUACUGCUUGCUGGAUAACUAUAACAUCCUUGAGUUUGAUUUGGAUAACCAUAGGUUGGGUCUAGCUCAGAAGUUCCCACGCGACGCUAUUGGUAGCUAUCACGAUCAUAUUGUCAUCAUGCCGACCGAGGAUGGACGGCUUGGUUUGGCCGGAGUUGAAGGACUCAAUCUCCAUCUGUGGUCACUGAUGGCAAGCAUUGACGGGCUCGUAACAUGGACACAUGAAAGGGUCAUUGAUCUUGAGAAUUUUCUUGCGCCAGAAGUGGUGGCGGCCACAUUUAACUUUUGGGUGGAGCCAAUUGGAUUUGCUGAAGAUGCUGGGGUGAUCUUCAUUUAUGUGCACCCUAGCGUCUAUAUGAUCCAUCUCAAGUCCAUGCAGAUCGAGGAGGUGCCAGAGAAAGGGAACUACAGCAGCAUACUUCCUUACACAAGUUUCUAUGCUCCAGGAAUUACCGCUGGUGGUGGAGACGAUCAAGCUGAACUGUUAAACAGAUGCUGAGAUGAUUAUGCUGUGACAUUUUCAGAGACGCCUUGUUGGAUAAAGAGGUACCUAGGUUAUGCUCUUUGUUGCAGUUACUCACAGCUUACCCUCUCAAUCUUUUGACUGGUGAUGCCGGAAAUGUUAGGCGCUCAAUGUGGCUGUUUUCUUUUCUCUGUGCAAGUAGUGGUGCUAAAUUUUCUUCUGCAAAAAUUAAAAUUCUAUGCGGGUGUUACACUAUGUUAUGUGAGUCGAGGGUUCGAAAAUAGUGAACCAUGUGAUGUUUUUUUGUUCAUUUCAAAGAUUUAAAGCCAUGCUUCAGUCGUUCA